GUGGAGCUGGACUGCGUGGUGCCCCAGCAUGGAUGGCUACAUGGUCCUGAGAGUGAUCGGAGAGGGCUCCUUCGGCCGAGCCCUUCUGGUUCAGCAAGAAAGCAGUAAUCAGCUGUUUGCCAUGAAGGAAAUAAGGCUUCCCAAGUCUCUCUCUGGUACACAGAAUUCUAGGAAGGAGGCUGUUCUGUUAGCCAAAAUGAGACACCCCAAUAUUGUUGCCUUUCAAGAAUCAUUUGAAGCUGAGGGACACCUGUAUAUUGUGAUGGAAUAUUGUGACGGAGGGGACCUAAUGCAAAAGAUAAAGCAUCAGAAAGGAAAGUUGUUUCCUGAAGAUAUGAUACUUAAUUGGUUUACACAAAUGUGCCUUGGAGUAAAUCACAUUCACAAGAAACGUGUGUUACACAGAGAUAUCAAGUCCAAGAACAUCUUCCUCACCCAAAAUGGAAAAGUAAAACUGGGAGAUUUUGGAUCUGCCCGUCUUCUCUCCAGUCCUAUGGCAUUUGCUUGUACAUAUGUGGGAACACCUUAUUACGUGCCGCCAGAAAUUUGGGAGAACAUGCCUUACAACAAUAAAAGUGACAUCUGGUCCUUGGGAUGCAUUCUGUAUGAGCUCUGUACCCUUAAGCAUCCAUUUCAGGCAAACAGCUGGAAAAGUCUUAUUCUCAAAAUAUGUCAGGGGUCCCUGUGCCCACUGCCGUCUCAGUACUCCUGUGAACUCCAGCAUCUGAUCAAGCAGAUGUUUAAAAGGAAUCCCUCACAUCGCCCUUCCGCUACAACACUGCUCUCUAGAGGCUCUUUGGCUCGGCUUGUCCGCAAGUGCUUACCCCCAGCGAUCAUCACAGAAUAUGGCGAGCAGGUAUUAGAAGAAACCAAAAACUCUAAGCAUAGUACACCAAGGAAAAAAGCAGACCCCAGCAGAAGCAAGAUAGCUUUGGAAAAUGAAGCAACCACGAUGCCAAGGGAAGAAGAAGCUAGAAAGUACAGUCACAGUAACUUAGAAAACAUUAAUAAAAAUUCAGUUGAAAGUACACUGGGGACAGUAAACAAAGAAAAAGAUAAUAAAUCAGUCCAUCUGAGGAAACUCAGUUCACCAAGUCCUGUCAGGCAACAGUGGGAGAAAAAUGUCCCCAGCACAGCUCUCACGGCUUUGGAAAAUGCAGCCAUACUCUCCUCCAGUUUAGCAGCCGGGGAUGAGAGAGGUGGUUCUGUAAUAAAGUACAGUGAAAAUAACACCCGUAAGCAGUGGCUGAAAGAGACUCCGGAAACUCUGAUGAACAUCCUUAAGAAUGCAGAUCUCAGCUUGGCGUUUCAAACAUAUACAAUAUAUAGACCAGGUUCAGAAGGGUUCUUGAAGGGCCCCCUGUCUGAAGAAACAGAAGCGUCAGACAGUGUGGAUGGAGGUCACGAUUCUGUCAUUUUGGACCCAGAGAGACUGGAACCUAGACUGGAUGCAGAGGACACGGACUUUGAGGAGGAUGACGACAGGCCUGACUGGGUGUCAGAACUGAAGCAGCGAGCUGGCUGGCAAGAAGGGUUGGAUGGGUAACUCCCAAGGAAGUGCUCCUUUGUCACAUCGGGUAGAUGUUUAAAGUGGGGAAUUAAUGUUUGGAUAAUAUCAGCUCACGGGAUUCAGUUUUCUUUGGGCACAGAAUGAAGAGGGGGAAACUGUGAAUAUUUAAAAUUGUUCCUGAUUAGUACCACAAGGCUUAAAAAAUCUGUAACUCUCAUGAGUUUUUGAACUGAAAGGAGAAGGCGUGGAAGAAUGGCUCUGAGCUUCAGGCUUUGCAGUUGGAACAGAAAUCGGAUGCUACUGCUUACAGUUUGUGUGAUUGUGGGCAAUUAUUUAAGCUCUUUGAGCCCCAGU